AAAAUGAGCGGUGAAGGGAUCGACGCCAAACAAGAAACAGGGCAGGGAAGCAGUGUGGCUCCCGCUUCUGAUCCAUCACCAGUAAAGGGGUGGGUUACAUUUGAUGAAGAAAAUGAAAAAAAAAAAAAAGAUAGCCCUGCUGUAAUUUCCGCGGAAACUGUCCAGAUUACUUUGGAAAGGAGUCUAAGCAAAUCAGCCGAAAGUCCCAGUAAUAAUGUAGCAGUGUUGGGCCCAAAACCGCUGAGGAAUGUGGAACUGCCCGUAGCCACCGUCGAACCUAUUCGACAAGGAUUCUCUAAUGGUGAUGUAAUUGUUACCUUGUUGCCUGUAAAUUCUCGUUUUCCAUGGAUAACUCCAGCCUUAUUCCGUCCAGAGUUGGUACCAGAGGAAUUGAUGGCUCAGGGAUUAACUCUUACGGUCGAAGAAUACGUUCAAACCAUGGAACUACUGGUCAAUGACGUCCGUUUUACACUAUACAACGUCUGCUACAAACGAAUACUGGUUGCGUGGAUAACCCUCGCCUUUAUCGUACUCCUUAGUCUGCUAUUUUCUGGUACAAGCGGACUGACCCUUUUCGGUUUAGGUAUUGGCUGGCUUGUACUUAAUGCGGCAGCUAUUUUUCUCUCAAUGUACUUAAAAUUCAAACUGCAACGGAAUCUCGAAAGGUGUCUGGCUCAAGUCAACAAGCAGUUGCUCCGACAUAAGAUAAUCAUCGCUCUAGAUGACAGGGGCAAAAUAUCAUGUCACAAAGUGAAUCUUUGUUUUCUGUACAUGGAUUCGGCAGCUUGUAUAUCUCAUCUGCAGACUACUAUUGAGCAGCAAGAGCGGGACCCGUCAAGUGGAUGGGAACAAAGAAUGGACAUCACUUCAAACGAUAUUGUGAUACAAGGAAGUAGGACUACUAGACUGUCAAGGAAACAGGAAAGGGCUGCAUUGUUGUACCUCCGCUACGCUGCCCGUUGGGGCAGGGAUAGAGUUAAGGAUCUUCUAGUUAGUCCGCCCGCAGCCGGAGGUCGCCACUGCAAUUCUAUCACGUGUCCAUGUCAAUACAUAGAGGAACACCUGCACUGCAAACCGACAGGUUCCUGUUGUUUUUACAUAGCAGACCCUAAUGUCCAGUCUGAAGUCUUUGGAAGCAUACAUCUCCCCACACUCCCAACUAGUAGUGUUUAAUUGCAAAGAAGUAUUUGUUGAUUUCUCCAUCUAGUAUUAUUUUUUUGUUUUGCUUUUAUUGUGCAAUUAACCAAAAAUUACUAGAAUUUAGAAUUAGAAUUAAAUAUUUAAUAAUACCUAUGACACCCCUCAGGUAUAUUAUACACAUAGUAACACACUAUCAGGAUUCAGUAUUCUAUAUUUCAUUUUAUCCAUAUUCUACUUAUAAGAAAACAAUGUACAAAAGUAACCUUAA